GUACUCCAUCCAUCCAUCCAUCCAUCCCCAUUCCAAGUCGGGACUUUAGAGGAGGCUCGCUGGGAGGAUCACAGAACUGGAGUUGGAAGAGGUCUUAGAGUUCUGCCUCAAAUUCCUGACGAGGAAACAAGCCCUGAAGAGGGAAAGGUCUUGCCCGUGACAGCUAGAGAAGGGGCUGGGAUUGGAACCGCGUCCUCAGACUCCAAACGCAGCACUUUUCUCCCCGUUCAUUUGAAUCUUUGGAGGAAGCCCCCACCUCCCAGAGCCAAGAUCCACGGGAGGGGGAAGACCUUCCAACAACCAGGGAGCUCCCCAGGAAUAGGAAUGCUGAAGGUUGUGUGAGCGAGCUCCCCGACGUUGCAAGUCUUUGAGCCGAGGCUAAAUGCGACGAAGUAGAGGAAAUCGCCUCAGGUGCGGCUGGGACUAGACUAGACGCCCUCUGAGGGAGGUCUGAGGGUGAUCCUGGUCCCUGAUCCUGGGGCCGGUGAAGCUCCAGGGAGAGGCUGCACAUUGAUCUUCACGUGCGGAGUUCCGGCAUCCGGGGUACAAAGUACAGAGGGAGGCUUUUCAUUUGUGGAAGGAUUUUCACUGAGGUGGCUCUCCCGGAGAGCGGAAGCAAAGCGAGAGGGCAGGAGCGGCCGAGCCAGGGAUGUCCAGGAGGGGGCAGAGGCGCCUGCGAAGCCCCCAGUCCCAGCUGGGACCAGCUGGCAUCCCAGGGCGCGCGCGUCCCUGGGGACCCCGCGCUGGUCAGCGUGCCCUAGAACCAAAGCUUGUGCCCGCUCUUUGGUCUGUUGUGUGUGCCGAAAGCCUAAGAAAAUGAAGGCACUUCAGACUGGCCGGGGAGCACGGCUCAGCGUGUGCCCUGCCGUCUCUCUCCUGGCCCGGCCUUGGGGUUAGCCCGAGCCCGGGCGGGGCUUCGAGCCACUCACUCACUGUUACUGUGGGAGCGAGCGCCCGGCUAGUCCGGCCCCCUGCCAGGGAGCCCGGGCGGCCCCUCACCGGCAGCAGCGACCUGCGGGCGUAGCGCGAGACAACGCAGGUGCCCACGACCGCGCCCACAGACGCCUGCCCUGGGUGCCCAGAGCUCUCGUUCUGCUCAGGGAGCCCGGAGACCCCCACGUCGGGGCCGGCCCAAGAGAGAGGAGGAGCCACCAGAGGGCGGGGACGAGGCUUUGCCAAGGGAGGCGCGGGGGCCCCGACGGGACGGACAGACGGACAGACGGACGGACAUACAGGCAGACGGAGGAGGCAGGUGGCGCGGUGUCUCCCCCAGGCCCCCACUUGGUCCUUCUGCCACGCCCCCGCCCCACCCCGCGCGGGCCCCUCCGCCCUCGAGCCUCACCCGCCCAGGAGCCAGAGACAGAACUCGACGGAGGAACCCGGCUGCCCCUCGGGGCUCUGCGGGAGGCCCCGACCUCGCGGGACACGCAGCUCGGCCAGAGCCCGGUGGGUCCGGCAGAGGAGUCCCGGGGGAGCGCCACUGCGGGCAGGGGUCAGGGCCGGUUCUGCCUUCAUUCCUUCCCUCCCUCCUUCUGGCUCUGCCAGGCUUUCCUGAGUUCUCGUUUCUUCGGUCUCCCUUCCUUUUUUAACUCCCUGCCUGGUCCUGCCCUCUUUCUUCCCUGCCUCCGUCUCAGUAUCCGCCUCUGUCACUGUGCACUCUCUCUCUCUGGUCUCUGUCUCUGCUCAGUCUCUGCCUCACUGUUGUCUCCCUCUGUCUCUGUCUCCCCGUCUCUCCCCCCACCCCUGACCCUUGCCUUUCUCUCCCACCUGCCUCUCUUCCACCCUCUCGCGGCUCUCCUCUCCUCUCUUCCCUUCUCCUUUCUUUCUCCCUCCUCCCCAUCCCCACCUUCCCCUGCCCGGGCUGCGGCUCCCGGGACUGUCUGGGAGAAUCUCUGGGCUGGGGCUCAGUUCUCGUUCUACUAUGCGCCCCGGGACUUCUCCCGCAUCCUAGAGAAAGCCGCCCACGGAGCCCCGCGGAAGGUGGCAAAGCAGCUGCCCCCACCUUCGGAGGAAUUCCAAAGGGAAGAAGGCGGAGUGCUGGCGCUUCUGGGGCCCGGCUCAUUUGACAGAAGCGCAGUGUGACCACCGGGCAGCCUACCUUGACCCCUUAGAGACGGAUUCCAUUUUAAUUUCAUUUCACAGGCUUCAGGGUUUCCUUUUUGAUUUCCCAUAAGUCUUCACACUUCAGUUUAUUUUUUAACAAAAUAGUCCAAUUCCUAGUUCUUGAUUUCAAAGCCCAUCCGUGAAUGGGCCACUUGUGAUCCAUCCCCUUCACCCCCAGUUAAAUCCCAGGACUCUGCGCUGGCAUAGCUGGAUCCUAAGAGAAAGGGGGCAAGGAGAGGGGGAGAGUCCUGGAGCAAGGGCUCGGCAGGAGCGGGGCACACUCAGCAGGACCAUGAGACUCUUCUCCAGGGGGCCCCUCGGUGGGAUGGCCCACCUCUGGCUCCUGGGACUUCUCCUGUGUGAGCUGGGCAGCAGCAGCUUCCUUGGGAAUUACCUCCACACCUCCAGCUUCCUCCAGAGGAGACUCAGCGGCCGGGAGAAGCGGGAAAUGCAGCGGGAGAUCCUGUCCAUCUUGGGACUGCCAGGCCGCCCCCGGCCCAGGUCCCCCCCUGGGGCCAAGCUGCCAUCUUCGGCUCCACUCUUCAUGCUGGACCUGUACCACGCCAUGGCCAGUGAAGAGGAAGAUGGGCACGGCAGUGAGGACGCAGAGGUGUCCUGGGGCCGCGGGGUCUCCAGGCCUGUGCUGACCAGUCUGAGCACCCAGAGCCCUCCUCUGGAACGGGUCAUCAGCCAUGCUGACAUGGUCAUGAGCUUCGUAAAUAUGGUGGAACACGACCGAGAUCUCUUCUACCAGGAGCCCUACUGGAAGGAGUUUAGGUUUGACUUGACCCAGAUCCCGUCGGGGGAGUGUGUCACCGCUGCCGAGUUCCGCAUCUAUAAGAUGAAGAGUUUUACUCGACACCUCAACAAGACCCUCCACAUCAGCAUCUAUGAGAUCGUCACCGAGCAGUCCAACAGGGAAUCUGACUUGUUCUUGUUAGACCUGCAAACCCUCCAGGCUGGUGAUGAGGGCUGGCUGGUUUUUGAUGUGACAGCCGCCAGUAAUCACUGGUUAUUAAACCGGAAAAGUCAUCUGGGACUCCGUCUCUAUGUGGAAGCUGAGGACGGGCGCAGCGUUGAUCCUGGAUUAGCUGGACUGCUGGGUCGGCAAGGGCCACGCUCCAAACAACCUUUUAUGGUCACUUUUUUCAGGGCAAAUCAAAAUCCCAUCCGAGCUCCAAGAGCACUCAAGCAACUGAAGAAAAGGCAGCCGAAAAAAAGCAAUGACCUCCCCCACCCAAACAAACUCCCAGGGAUCUUUGAUGACAUCCACGCUGCCGAGGGCAGACAAGUGUGCAGGAGGCACGAGCUCUACGUUAGCUUCCAGGACCUUGGCUGGCUGGACUGGGUCAUUGCACCUCAAGGGUACUCUGCCUAUUACUGUGAGGGGGAGUGUGCCUUCCCUCUGGAUUCCUGCAUGAAUGCCACCAACCACGCCAUCCUGCAGUCCCUGGUGCACCUGAUGAAGCCUGACAGCGUCCCCAAGGCCUGCUGUGCCCCCACCAAGCUGAGCGCCACCUCGGUCCUUUAUUAUGAUACCAGCAACAAUGUCAUUCUCAAGAAGCACCGGAAUAUGGUGGUGAAGUCGUGCGGCUGUCACUGAGCCCCCUGCAAGGGACCUGCAGCUCACAGAGAAGCCCCACCACUGAGCCCCCACAUCAGGGAACCUUCUGCCCACCAAUAAAGUAAUGCAAACCCCCCUGCUCCCUGAUGGAUGGACGGACGGAUGGAUGGAUGGACAGAUGGAUGUCUCAAGAGGCUUCCUAAUGACGGCAGCCCACUAGCUGUGAAAGGCUGGGCUGGGGUGGGCAGCUGCUGGCUAUGGCCUUCUUCUCCUGGACAGUGAGGGUGCUUCUCCACUGAUUUGGGAGCCUUAGCUAGGAGGCCGCCAUUGGGCACGUGGCCACCUCUAGACACCCAGAGAGUCCUGCCCAGCAGGCUUCUAGGAGAAGAACGGUUGCCCUUUGUCACAUGGGGCUGCCCUGGAGAUCUAGAGGGAGGAGGCCAUCCAGCCCACCAAAGAUGUGCUAGACAAGAGGGAGCAGCCCGGUAGACGAUGUACAUAAUCGUGGCCCCCACUUGGCUACAGAGCAUUUUCCAGUUUGCAGAAGUCCCGGGUUGUAGGGAGUCGAGCAAUUGUAUCCCUAUUUUGCAGACAAGGAAACGGGCUCCGGGGAAGAGUGAUUUCCCAGAGUCACCUAGCAAGGUAAGAGGCGGAACAAGAACGGGAAUGUUCAGCCAGGGCUCUGACUCUCAAUCCUGUGUGCUUCCUACUGUCCCCCUGGGGUUCCCCUCGUUCAUACAAAUAAACUACGUGAAUUGGUUCGCUUUCUAAA